AUUGUGUCAGGCUUCUUCUCCUGUACCAGCGCAAGUGAAAGUGGAAGGAAAUUCAAGAUGUCGGACAGCGUGAAAGAUUGCUUUUCCUUGGCGUCUCUCGAGACUGGCCUCAAGGUUGUGUCCCUUGUUUCAACGGGUUUCUUUGCCGGUGGAUCGACCUUCAUCGCUUAUGCAUUUAAACCAGGCGUGAUGAGCAUAAGCAACCACUGUGCCCUUGUUUCCUACCGUGCCGUUUUACCACGAUGCAAACCAUUACCACUUUCUAUUAUUGUUGGCAGCCUUGCAUCAGCUGGUGCCUAUGCGAUAUCAGUACAUAAUGACAAGCCCGACACUGCCUGGCUAGUUGGUUCAGGAAUACUUGCUUUGAUUGUUCCGCAAACUAUUAUUUUCAUUGGACCUAUUAACAAACGCAUCUUGAAAGAAGAGGUUCCAGAAGAUGAUGCCCCGGAAGAGCUUGGAAACUGGCAAUUCCACCAUGUUCUUCGUACUGCUGCUGUUUUUGGACUGUUUGCAUUUUAUUCUUACAAACUCAUCAAGAAAUAAAUUUUUUUAUUAUUUACAUAAUCAAAUGAAAAUAAUAUAAAAAAUUUUCUAUUUUGAUUAUAGCAUUUUCCACUACGCACAAAUAUUAUUAAUUCUAUUUAGUUUUUAGCUUGCAAUGGGAAAAUAAAUUGAUGAGAAUUA